AUGUCCCACACCCGGCGGCCAGCAGGCGUCAAUAAAACAUCUGUACGGGAAUUCAAAGCCCGCAACAAUGAUGAAACAGCGAAUCCAAUGCUUAAUAAUGCUAUAAACCGUCGAGAAUUAGUGGAAAAAAUCGACAAAAUCGACUCGAUGAUGGGCUUCAACAGAAUGGAUCAUGGCGAAUUAGACGGGACAAAACCACGAAAAGGAUGGUUGGUCAACAUGCAUACCACUACGGUUCCCUCAGAGGACUACCUUGCCGGAUACUCAGGUGUGGACUAUUAUUUUAUCGACGAGGAAGGUGGAACUUUCAAAUCAACCAUUCAAUUCGAUCCAUACUUUUUCUUACUGGUGGUUCCAGGAAGAGAGUCCGAAGUUGAAGAGACGUUACGCAAACGCUUGGAAUCCUGUAAUAUCAAAAGCAUAAAUAGGGUGGUCAAGGAAGACCUCUCGUUACCUAAUCACUUGGUAGGUCUUAAGAAGACCCUAUUGAAAUUAAUAUUCCACAACAUUUCUGACCUUCUUGCUGCCAGGAGGAUACUAUCUCCUAUAAUUCGUGACAAUGAGAUGCAGAAUGAAACCAGAGACGUCUACUCUGCACUUAAGAUUUCAGGGCUCAAUGGAAACACCAAAUUCGACAUUUCUCACUCGUCAACAAAUGAAUACACCGAUCCCACCCAACUCAUAUCAGACAUACGCGAGUACGAUGUCCCUUAUCAUGUCCGUGUUUCCAUAGACGCUAAUAUUCGUGUUGGCAAAUGGUACUAUGUAUACGCAAAGCAUUCAGAGGUGACAUUGGUCGAGGAUAAAGAAACAAUUGCAUUUGCUGAUCCAGUCGUGUUGGCGUUCGAUAUCGAGACGUGUAAGGCUCCACUUAAGUUUCCUGACUCAAAGACUGAUCAGAUCAUGAUGAUUUCGUAUAUGAUUGACGGUGACGGUUACUUGAUUACAAACAGAAACGUCAUUGCCGAGGAUAUCGAUGAUUUUGAGUAUACUCCAAAACCAGAGUAUCCAGGAUAUUUCACAAUCUUCAAUGAAGCCGAUGAAGUGCUGAUGUUGAAACGCUUUUUUGAGCACAUUCGUGAGGUACGGCCCACAGUAAUAGCAACAUUUAAUGGUGAUUUCUUCGAUUGGCCCUACGUGGAAGAUCGUGCCAGACAACAUCAAUUGGACAUGUUUGAGGAAAUCGGGUUUGCAAAGGAUAACGAUGGUGAGUACAAGUCAAAGUAUUGUGUACACAUGGAUUGUUUCCGCUGGGUUAAACGUGAUUCUUAUUUGCCUCAAGGAUCUCAAGGUUUGAAAGCAGUCACCACCGCCAAGUUGGGUUAUAAUCCAACAGAACUCGAUCCCGAACUAAUGACCCCUUAUGCAUCAGAACAACCACAAUUGCUUUCCGAAUACUCUGUAUCUGAUGCAGUUGCUACCUACUACUUGUACUACAAGUACGUUCAUCCUUUCAUCUUCUCCUUGUGCACUAUCAUUCCUUUGAACCCUGACGAGGUGUUGCGUAAGGGUACAGGUACUCUUUGUGAAAUGUUGUUGAUGGUACAGGCUUACCAGAAGAACAUUUUACUUCCAAACAAGUACACCGAUCCAAUUGAACGUUUCUUCGAAGGACAUCUUUUGGAGUCUGAAACCUAUGUUGGUGGUCAUGUCGAAUCUUUGGAGGCAGGUGUGUUUCGAAGUGAUUUGCCGUGUAAAUUUAAUGUUGAUCCAUCUGCUGUCCAAGAAAUUCUUGACAAUCUUCAUAAUUCUUUGAGGUUUUGUAUUGAGGUCGAAAACAAGAAAUCGCUUGAUGAUGUCGAGAAUUAUGAUGAAAUCUAUAAUAAGAUCAAGGAAACGUUAUUGGACUUGAAAAAUAAUCCAGUGCGAGAAGAAAACCCUCUUAUCUACCAUGUGGAUGUGGCUUCGAUGUACCCCAAUAUCAUGACUUCAAAUCGUUUGCAACCCGAUUCUAUGAAAUCAGAAGAAGACUGUGCAGCAUGUGACUUCAACAGACCAGGGAAAACUUGUGAUCGACGUUUGGAAUGGUCCUGGAGAGGUGAGUUCUACCCUACUAAUAUGGGUGACUACAAUAAUGUGAAGCGAAAUCUCCAAGAAGCAAAUGAAAGAUUUCAAACAAGAAGCGGUCGAAGGAUUCCUUUCAAUGACAUGCCAUACCCAGAUCAAGCGCAAGUGAUCAAAAAUCGUUUAGCUGAGGUUUCGAAGAAAAACUACCAUCGUUUGAAGCAAUCGAAGACCGUUAAGAGAGACGCAAUUGUUUGUCAAAGAGAGAAUCCAUUCUACGUCAACACUGUCCGCGACUUCAGAGACAGAAGAUAUGAAUUCAAAACUCUUGCUAAGGUUUGGAAAGGAAAAUCCUCUAAGAUGGACACCACUGAUAGCAUUGGAAGAGAAGAAGCCAAAAAGAUGGUGGUUCUUUACGAUUCUCUUCAGCUUGCCCAUAAAGUCAUCUUGAACUCGUUCUAUGGCUACGUGAUGAGAAAGGGCUCACGAUGGUAUUCCAUGGAAAUGGCAGGAAUUACCUGUUUAACAGGUGCUAAAAUCAUUCAGAUGGCUCGAUCACUUGUGGAAAGGUUGGGACGUCCUCUUGAAUUGGAUACGGAUGGUAUUUGGUGUAUUUUACCCACCUCGUUUCCUGAAAACUACAACUUGAAAUGCAAAGACGGUAAGAAAAUCUUGCUUGAAUAUCCAUGCUCGAUGCUUAACUAUUUGGUCCAUCAGCAGUUCACAAACCAUCAGUACCAGGAUUUAGUAGAUGAAAACACCUUCAAGUAUUCUACGAGGUCCGAGAAUUCGAUUUUCUUUGAGGUAGAUGGUCCUUAUAAAGCUAUGAUCUUGCCCACAUCGAAGGAAGAAGGUAAGGGUUUGAAAAAGAGGUACGCAGUGUUCAAUGACGAUGGAUCCCUUGCGGAAUUAAAAGGUUUCGAACUCAAAAGAAGAGGAGAGUUGCAAUUGAUUAAGAAUUUCCAGUCUGAUAUCUUCAAACUCUUCUUGGAAGGAGACACACUUGAAGGCUGUUACAAGGCUGUGGCAUCGGUGGCUAAUAACUGGCUUGAUGUGUUGGACACAAAGGGCGGUAUGCUUGAAGAUGAAGAUCUCAUUGAACUUAUCUGUGAAAACCGUAGUAUGUCCAAGAGUUUGGCAGAGUAUGGAAAUCAGAAAUCCACUUCCAUCACCACUGCAAAGAGAUUGGGUGAGUUCCUUGGUGAAGAAAUGGUGAAAGAUGCUGGGUUGGCAUGUAAGUAUAUUAUCAGUGCUAAACCCGUCGGAAAACCCAUUACGGAGAGAGCUGUUCCCGUUUCAAUCUUUUCUCAUGAAGAGAAACAGAAAUACUUGAGAAAUUGGUUAGGUGAUCAAUCUUUGACAUCCUUUGAUCCCCGGAGUGUCAUUGAUUGGGACUACUACUAUGAGCGGUUAGCUUCAGUGGUACAAAAAAUCAUAACAAUUCCUGCUGCUUUGCAAGGAGUUAAAAACCCUGUUCCAAGAGUGGAUCAUCCUGAUUGGUUGCGAAAGAAGGUGCUUGCUUCAGAAGAUAAGAAGAAACAGUCGUCUAUCGGCUCCUUCUUUUCCAAGGCCAGUAAAGAAGACGCAGCUGCCGCUGCUGCUGCGGAGUCGAGAGUUAUCAAAGACAUCGAAGACUUCGGGUCUGUUGAAUAUUCCACUGGGACCCGAAAGGUGAGCAAGGUGACUUCACGUAAACGGAAAGGCAUCAACAAUGCUAACAGCGAUCCAUUGGAGGAAGAGAAGAUAGCAGCUAUUCUUCAAAAACCUUGCCCCAAAAUGACCGAAGACUACGCUGGAUUCUUAGCCUACCAAAAGGCUAAAUGGAGGGUACAGGCACGAAAUCGGGAACGUCGUAGGACUUUAUUUGGACCAUCAGCUGACACUUCGUUCAGAUCAUCUGUUGGAACUCUCUACCGAAGACAGGCUGAAUCCGUGGCGGGAAGUAAUUGGGAAAUUUUACAGUACAAGCCAGAUCCUUCAAAGCCUGGUGCACUCAAAGUUCAUGUUUUUUCCAAUAACAAAGUGCACACAUUCAGUUUUCAAAUUCCAAAAAUCGUUUACGCUGCUCUCAAAAGCGAACUCUCUCCACGAAGGCGUUUACGAGAAGCAAGAAUUGACCCAAGUAACGCUAUUUUGCCUAAUGGUCAUGAUGCUUCGCAUCUUUACAAGAUAACAAUGCCUGAAGCUGUCUUUGAAGAAGAAAUGCUUCUGGUCGACAGCUUGCUUCAAGGCUCUACCGUUCUCGGAUUGUAUGAAACCCAAGUCUCUGCGUUGGAAAGGGCUAUUAUUAAUUUGGGAAAUACCGUCAAGUUUGAUGAUACUAAGGUGGGAUCAUUGGGAAAAGGUUUAAAGUCUGGAUUUCAUUUGAAAGACCUUUCGCCGGUGAAGGACGAGACAUAUUUGAGAAGAUUCAAGAUGGAUAUCUGCUACUUGUUGCAUAUUGUUGCAAACAACUACGAGUUCUACUCCUUGUUCAAAACAUGGGAAGGAAGCGCGACAGUGUACAUCUUGAAGCCUUCUUCAGGCGCUCAAGAAUUACCUCCCAACAUGCAAAGGAUCUAUGAAGACUUGUUUCAUAGUAAAAAGACCAAGUUGGAAGCUACUUCGAGUAUUUUGGAUUACUCUUCAACUAUGGAGUUUGACACCGUCUACUAUAAUGAUAGAGGCAAGCUUUUCAAACGUAUUGACAAAGAUCUUCGAAAGCUUGAAGAGACCAGAAGCACCAAAGCCCUCUUGGCAAUCCAAUCGCCCUACGCUAAUGCUUUGCUUAGUCAAUUAAAGUCUGUCCAGGAUUAUCCAACGAUACGAAUGGGCAUGCGUGAACUCAAGCUUCCAGCUAUCGGUUGGCAAUCAUUAAUUUCCAAGCGCAUAGUUAACCAUUAUUUCGUGUUAGGCGCAUGGAUUAAGAACUUGAUUUCCAUUUCAAAGUACGGAAACAUUCCGUUGUGCAAUUUGGAGAUUGACAACUUGGGGUACCUCAUUGAUGUCGAGUAUGCCCGGAGAUUGAGUAUGAAUAACGUUGUCCUUUGGUGGUCUCCGAAAGCAUUGCCUGAUCAUGGAGGUUUCGAAAAUGAUAGUGCCCAGGACUAUGAGAACUUUGACUUCCCUCAAUUCAACAACCCCGAAGUAUACGAUACUACAAGUUUGGAAAUAGAACUCGGGACACUCACGAUUAACACUAUUUUGACUAGUGCACUUAUAAAUGGAGCCGAGGGUACGGACUUAGCUGAUGAAGUGGUAGAGUUUGAUAACAAUAAUGGGGCUGGUAGUAUUGCUAGUGACUCGUUUUCUGCACCAGCUAUGCAAAUAUUGAGAUCGAUGGUCAAGAAUUGGUGGGAUGAUGCGUUGAACAACGACGUUAAUGCUGACGCACUUAUGAACAACCUUGAAAUGUGGAUUCAACGGAAAGAGUCACAUUUGUACGAUUAUGCUUUACAUUAUCAGGUGCACAACUUGACGAUCAAGAGUUUGUUGCAGCUCCUAGGUGAAUUCAAACGACUGGGCUCGAAUGUGAUAUUUGCAAACAGAAACAAAGUUAUCCUACUGACUCCUAAGGUGUCUGUGGAGCAAACGUAUGCGUCCACCCAGUACUUGGUGAAGGCCACCAGAGCGAAACCAUUGUUCAACUUUCUCGAUAUGAGAGUUGUCAAGUACUGGGACAUCUUAGUUUGGAUGGACAGAUUCAAUUUUGGAGGACGAUCAUGUAAGGAAAUUACCGCUGAGGAGAAUCAAAACCUCACGAUCGAAAGCAAUUGGCUUAUCAAGAAGUUCUUGCCAAUCAUGUUUCAAGAUGAAUUCGAGGACUGGGUCCUAAUAUUCAUUCAAGCGUUAGCGAAGCAUAAGAGCAAGACAAUUCUACAGUCAAGUCAAAUGGGACGCACGCAGAGAGUAACUCAAAUUGCCCAUCGUAUAAAAGGGAAGAAGGAAGACGGGGAAGAAAAUGAAGAAGACGAGUACAAUUAUGAUGUUGUGGAUGUCUUCAGAUUGCCAUUACUUAAACGUAUUGAAAAGCUCUACCGCCGACAAAACGAAUCGAUAAUCAACCCCGAGUUGGAACAAGAGUACAGGUUCCCGGUGCUUCCAGGCUCACACCUUAAUAUGAAGAACCCAGCUUUGGAGCUUGUCAAGUUUCUCUGUGCCGUUUUUUCAUUAUCUCACCGUCAAAACAUCGAAGUGAGAAUGCUUCGCAAAGACCUUUUAUCUAUUUUUGACGUGAAAGAAUUCAGUCCCGAGGCGAAUUUCAAAGAUCCUUGUGUCAGCCUUGUGUUAUCACAGUUCCGCUGUGACUAUUGUAACCAUGUUCGGGAGAUUGACUUCUGUCGCGAUACUGAGGUGGAUGUCUGGAAUUGUACCAAUUGCCAUAAGCAGCACAAUAAGGCAUCUCUCGAGGAGCAAUUGAUCACCCAGUAUCUCAAGACAGUGACCAAAUUCCAAUGUCAGGACUUGAAGUGCUCCAAAUGUGGCCAAAUCAAGAGCGACAACAUGAGUGAGUUCUGUCGAUGCUCAGGAAAAUGGGUUGGAACUAUACCCUACGAGCACAUUGCGCAAGAACUUCAAAUAUACGCUGGUGUUGCCAAGGCUUACAACUUGGAGUUGUUGCGAUCUGUGGGAGCCUCGGGAUGA